CUGCUCCCAUGGGAACAGCUCCAGGGCCUGGUGUGGACACGGAGUGAGCGGAGCCAAACCAGCUCAGACCAGCCUGGAUUCCCAUGGAUCAGCCCCAGUAGAGUUGUGCCUCCAGCUCCGCAUCCGGGAGGAUUUUCCCAGGUGGAAGGAUUAGAUCUGGUGGGAUGUCAGAGACAUCCUGAAGAACCUGGAAGAUCCAUGGAAUGAUUCCGGGCGGUUCGGAGUGCUGAACCCAGACACAAAAACACCUGGGAGAUGGAGCAGAGCCCCAUCAUGGUGAUCCUGCUGUGCGCCCUGUGCGUUCCAGCGGCGCUUCCUUUGGGAUCGGGAAUGGAGCUUCCCUUGGGAUUGGGAUCAGAGCUUCCCUCGGGAGCAGGAUUGGAGCUUCCCUCAGGAUCGGGAUCUGAGCUUCCCUUGGAACUGGGCUCGGAGCUUCCCUUGGAACCAGGCUCGGAGCUUUCCUUGGAACCAGGCUCGGAGCUUUCCUCGGAACCGCGAUCGGGAUCAGAGCUUCCCUCAGGAGCGGGAUCAGAGGUUCCCUCAGGAUUGGGAUUGGAGCCACCCUUGGAACCGGGCUCAGAGCUUUCCUCGGAACCGGGAUCUGAGCUUCCCUCAGAACCAGCAUCGGGAUCUGAGCUUCCCUCAGAACCAGGAUCGGGAUCUGAGCUUCCCUCAGAACCAGGAUCGGGAUCUGAGCUUCCCUCAGAACCAGCAUCGGGAUCUGAGCUUCCCUCAGAACCAGCAUCGGGAUCUGAGCCUCCCUCGGAACCGGGCUCGGAGCUUCCCUCAGAACCAGGAUCAGGCUCGGCUCUUCCCCCGGGAGCGGAGCUCAUCCCGCUGGGGCUGAAGGCCAUGGUGGUGGUGAACUCCACGCCCUGCAGCGUCACCUGCGGGCUGGGCGUGAGGCAGGAGCGGCUGUGCGAGGUCAGCCCGGCCGGGGAGCGCCGCAACUGCUCCCUGGUGCGCUCGCGCUGCCUCAGCGAGUGGAUCUGCGGCCUCCGGCACCUCAGCGUUCCCGAGGGAAAGCCCUUCCAGCUCACCUGCCUCUCCCCGGACGCCGCCAGCCUGGAGGGACCCAAUUUCGGCUACACCUGGAGGUUCGCCCGGGGGCUCAUCACCACCAACGACCUCCUGUUCCAUCCCUUCCGCAAUCCCAGCCCUUCCCUGAGCUUCUCGCCGGCGCUGGAGUCGCAUUCCGGGACCUACCGCUGCGACGUGCAGGUGCUGAGCUCCUUCCAGCUCGUCAAGAGGAUCUACUUCGGCCUCAGGGUGAUCCCCAGGGAUCUGGUGGAUCUCGACUUCCAGAAAUCCCUGACUUGGGAGCAGCAGCUGGCGGCCAACGGGGAGGAGCCGCCGGGAAACGCCACGGGCCCCACGGAGCCGGAGCAGCGGUGGAAUUUUUGGGAGAAGCAGUGGUUUUAUGAGGUCGUGCUGGGAGCUGGGAGUGGGGUGAUCGUGGGGAUCUUCUUCAGCCUCGGGCUCUGCUGCCUGGGCAGGAUUUGCAGGAAAAGAGCAGCACAAGAAAUGAACGGAGAUUGACGCAA